UGAAGCCACCUCAAUAUUCCUUUGCAUUUCAUCCAACACUAAACUUUAGCUCAGUUACUUUUACUCUCUGCAAUAUAUUGCGUCAUUCCAUCGAAAAUCUUCAGCUGUUUCAGCUGCGCUAUGAUCACCGAAAAGAAAGCUGCUAAUGCCAUGGGAGGCAACAGUUUGCGAGCCUGCGACAGCUGUCUAGUGAAGCGGGCACGGUGGUUUUGCGGCGCAGAUGAUGCUUUUCUUUGUCAGAGAUGUGAUGCUUCUGUACACUCGGCUAACCUCUUAGCCAGCAGACACGAGAGGGUUCGUCUCAAGUCUGCAUCUCACAAGCUCGGUGAUCACUUGGCAAUUGAGCCUCCGGUGCCAACUUGGCAGCAGGGGGUCAAGCGCAAGGCACGGACUCCCCGUGGCCAUGGGAAUCAUAACAAGAGUGGCAAAGAUGAAGCUGGGAAGGUUCUAGGGCAGUCUAUGCCUUUUGUGCCGGAGAUUGGGAGCGAAGAAGUUGACUAUUGUUGCCUAGAGGAUGAUCAUGAGAGUGAAGAUCUUGAGCAGCUGCUUUAUAGGGUCCCCAUAUUCGACCCUUUUGAAGCUGAGCUUUGCAAUAACAUGACAAAUAUUGAUCAUCAUGAGGUCAAAAUGGGAAAUGGUCAUGAAGAUUAUGGAGCUCGGACUAGUAGUCCGAGCGACGAGUUGGAUAAUUUGCAAGGGCUAAUUCUACCUUCGGAUAUGGAGCUCGCAGAGUUUGCUGCUGAUGUUGAGAACAUGCUUGGGAAGGGACUUGAUGAGGACUGCAGUGACAUCAAGGGUUUGGGACUACUGGAUGGGACCAAAGAAGAAGAGGACCAUGGUAUGGAUGUUUGUAUUUGCAUUGAAGAGAGGAAGCUAGUGAAGAUUGAAGAGGAGGAGGAUCAAGGAAUGGAAUGUGAAUUCAAUCCUUCGGUGCUGGAUUGGAACUUGGAUUAUGAUGAUGAGUCAGCUGCGGUGUUGCUUGGGGGAAGUACUAGUACUGAUCAGAAGGAGGAGGAGAAGGUAGCAGUGCUCAUGGAGGCCGAGAAGAAGAGGAAGAAGAUAUGUUUGAGGCUGAAUCAUGAGGCAGUCAUUAGUGCCUGGGCAAGCCGAGGCUCUCCAUGGACCACCGGAGUUAAGCCGGAGCUCAAUCCCGACGAUGGCUGGCCCGACUGCAUGGGCAUAUGGGGCACAGAUCAGAUUAUGAAUUUGCAAGGAUACGGAGAUGGUAGUGCAGCAGGGUGCAGGAUGGGAAUGAGAGGCGAUAAUGAGCAGCGGCCGGGAAGAGAAGCAAGAGUAUCGAGGUACAGAGAGAAGCGGAGGACACGAUUGUUUUCGAAGAAGAUUAGAUACGAAGUAAGGAAGCUCAACGCGGAGAAGAGGCCUAGAAUGAAAGGUCGAUUCGUUAAGAGAACCUCCUUCCAGAUGGGGAUGGGGAGUAGUUCUACUACUAAUACUUCUACUGCACCUCACUACCAGCAGCACCAGCACCUCAAAAAAUAACAGUACUGUACUGAGGAGUACGGACAGAUCAUGAUCAACUCCCAAUUUCGCUUGUUUUGUGGCAAAAUUGGUCUGACUAAUUAAUUGAUGUAUGCAUGCAUAUGGCCCAUAUAUCAUAUAUCAUAUAUGGCCUGCUUUACAAUAAAUGAAGUAUAUAACUUGGUAGCU